AAAAAUUCCGCAAAUUGCGGUUACUCCACAUAGAGGAACACAUUUUAUGUUACACGUAAUGUGAUUUCGUCCCACUCUAUUGAAUAUUGUUUCCAACACUCGAUGAUCACUUCUAGUUUCUUAAACGACUCCGCUUGAUCUUUUUUAUAUAGUAUGUAUUGAGUUUCCCAGUCAUCACAGAUAUAAAAAAUAAAGAAGAGAAUUCUUCGAAGCGAAAAGUUGAGAAGAUCGUUCGGACAAUUUUGCCGGCUGCGAUGAGACGAGCUGCGAGAAGCAUAGAAUAGUAAUGAAUCUGUCAAGGGCGACCUGCAUUUUGCGCUCAAAGAAAGCGGGGAAAGCGUAGUAGUUGGGCUGGAAAUGAAUUUCGUGGGAAAGACAAAAAGGCAAAAUUCGGAUGAAUCUCGCGGCAAGAAGAGCGAGAAGAAGGGGAGCGAGGACGGCGAGACCGAAAGGGAGAAUCAGAGCAAAGCGACACGCGAGGCUGAGGUGCGAGGGGCGACCGGGUGCCGGGUGAGAGGAAAGGUCAGGAUGGAGAAGGGGGAACGAAGGCAGAAAAGAAGCAAAAGUAGGAACAACAGGAACAGCAGGAACAGCAGAACGAGCAGGACAUGUGCAGCAGCAGCGACAAGGGGAGUAGGAGGCAAGAGGCAAGUAAUGGGCCAAUUACAGUAGCUGAUGGCAGACCAACCUAUAUGGCUCCUGAGAUAUUAUUACUUCAGGGAGAAUUAGAGAAACUCAUACGGUUUCCGCCGUGAUAAAUAAAAACUUGGCAUCUUCUCAUUCUCUUCUCAUGCAUACUCGCCUUUCCUCCUCGUCUUCCUUCUCCUCCAUGUCCUUUUCAUUUUUUUCUUUUUCUCAUCUUCCUCAUCCUGCUCGUAUAACUUUUCGUUCCUUCCUCUUCCUUCGGACAUCUUCUACGAUCAUUGCGCCGUUUUUCUUAUUGGAUACUCCACUUCUACCAGGCUUACGCGGAAUACGAGAAAGGCAAAAAGAUGAAAACUCACGAGGAGGGGCAAGCGCAAGUGCGCAGCUGCGGAUCCCUUGAUUACUAACACACUCGUCAAUUUGAAGCCGACAGUUUUCUUUCCUAAAACGUCAAGCUAUGUUUCUUGUUCCUCUUCUUCUUUUAUUUCUUCCCCCAGCUUUUCAGUUACGAACGAUUGCGGACCAGACUCUGGUCGAUGAAUAAAUCAUUAAGCCUUUCGGCGCGGACCAUCGGUUACUGCAUUUCGUGUCUUCUACUUUAAAUUGUUUUGACUUACAGACAGACACCCAUGAAUCAUUCUUCCCUCAGU